AUGUUCCUUAUGAAUGCUUCUCCUUUGGUAGCUCUUCAGACAAAAUGGGAGUCCUUUGGACCAGCAAGGAAUUGUAGAUACCCCGUUUGCUUCUCUGAAUCUGAAGGGGACGUCACCAGAACUUCUGUAAGUGCAAAAGUUCAGAUGAUCAUAAACAACCUGCAAAGUCAAGAGUCUCCCCUGGGUAUGAACAAUGAGUAUGACUGUAUUACACAGAAGAAACAAAAGGGAGAAAAGGGCACUAGUAACAGAGUCACAUCUAGCACCACAUUGCUACAGGAGCAUCCUCAGUAUACCAAGUGUGGUUGCCCUGCUGAUUCAGACACUGAAGUGGAAGAGAACGUGAGGUUUGGGACUCUCUUGCUUGAUUCCGAUAGCGACGAUUCUGUUGACCGAGGUAUAGAGGAAGCCAUUCAAGAGUACUUGAAAGCAAAAAGCAAAAGUGACCAGUCCUUGCAAAGGAAUGCAGAGUGUUCUGAAAAUAUAAACAGAGACAAAAGGUUUAAGAGAGAAUUCUCCCAGAACAAAAUGGCUAGUAACCUUCUCCCUGUGAAAUUUAAAGCUGAGAUGCUCUCUGAAGAGUACCUGUCUGACCACCUGGGGAUCAGUAAAAGGCUACAGCCUGCUUCCCCUCAGAGCAUCAGUAGCGAUGACUCUUUUGAACAGAGCAUACAAGCUGAAAUAGUGCAGUUCCUGAAUGAGAAGAAGCAGCAAGAAAUUAGUAAAUGUGUAAUUGGGGAGGAUAAGAAAGAUUCCCAUGUGAGAGCUAUCCUAAAAUGCAACAAAGAAUCAACAAACCAAACAAACUGUGGUGCUAUAAAGCAAGAUUGUAAUGCGCUCCUCUUGAGACACCCUCCCAAGCUACAGAAAACCAGCACACAGUCCAAGUGUUUGCAGUCUAAAAUCCAAGAGCCGCCUCAUGAUUUCAGCCAAGUGAAGCAAACGUAUCUAGAAAUGGCCCCUGCCAGCCAGCCCUGGUUAGUGGAGCAAAAUGAAGAAAGUGGAGCUAAUUACUGGGAGACGAGGGGAGCGCUUAAGAACGACAGCAUGCACGCAUCUGACUCGAGUAGCGAUGAUGGCAUUGAAGAAGCCAUCCAGCUUUAUCAGCUGGAGAAAAUCAGGAAGGAGGCAGGUCAUGCACCAGACUGUGUCCCUUUGGAGAGACAACAGUUUGAUACAAAGGGCAUGGCGGACCUUUCUGCGAGCGCGAUGAUUAGCUCGACAAAAAGUGCCUCACCAGAAAUCCAUAAAAGCCCCAUAAGCAACAAGAGAAAGGAAGUUAAUUCAAAGUCAACAGAAUUCAAAAGCACCAGCAAUGAAUUUAACAAGCUGUUAAAACCACUGAAAAAAGCCAGGCAUUUUGCACCUCCAGAAAACAAGAUUGCUGCUUGUGAGCUCACUUUGCAGGCCUCUUGCAGAGCAGACACAUCUGCAGAACUCAUGUGUGCGGAAGCUAUCCUUGAUAUUUCCAAAACAAUCAUGCCAUCCCAAAUGGGAAAUGACAACAAAUCACUUGCUGCAGACUCCUUCUUUUCUCCCCAGUUUCUCUCAUCCUCUCAUUGUGAAAGUGACAGCAGCCUCGUGGACAGCGAUGAUAGUAUAGAGCAAGAAAUCAGGGCCUUUCUGGCUCUGAAAGCACAGUCAGAAAACCUUGGAACAAAGCCUCCCAGCCUGUCACACUCAAUCCAGAUGCCUUUGCCUUCUGAUCAGAACAGCUUCACUGGUACCCUUGAGCCUUCUCUUCCCAAAACACUGAAGCUAUCACUGAGUCGUAAAAGGAGACUUAAAAGGGAAGGCAGAAUAGCAAAACAAGGUGCAUCAAAAACACCUGAACAGCUGGAGACGGGACUUUUCCAGCCAGGCAACUAUUCAGAAUUUCCCAUGCUCCAAGAGGCCUGUGCCCUGAGUAGUCCUGCAGAGCUCUGUGAUGCUCAAAGGCUCAGUAGCAAAGAGACUAAGCAGCAGCAGCUAAUGUCUUCUGAAUUAUCCGGAUCUGUUGGCAGAUGUGUGGCCUUCGACUCGGUAAACCCUUUUAUGGAGGUUCAGAGUAGCACAAGAAAGCUUAUGAAAAAUACCAUGCAAACUCAAGAGAGGGAUGGUUCGGAUGAUGAGAGCAGUUCUCUGGAUAGUGAUGAGGACCUUGAUAGUGCUAUCAAGGACCUUUUACGGUCUAAAAGAAAAUUAAAGAAGAAGUCCAAAGACCAGAAAUCUCAGUGCAAGAAGAAAGUCAAAUUUAGCGAGACGGAAACUCAGCUGCUAGAUGAAUUUAGUAGCCUCCAACAGAAUGAGUGGAAAUGUAAAACUCCCGUGCUACAGAAAAGCUGCCUCUCAAAACCUAGAAAAGCUGUGAAAGAGAACACAAUCAGAAAUCCUCCAGACAACACAAACAUCAAACUUACCAAUGUAAAACCAGAAACCAUGAUGAACUUGGAGUUUAACUUACAGCUUAAAAAAGGCUGUAAACCUAAACCAGUUUCAAACCAGAAUAACCUGCAGGUGGCUAAAAAUAAAAAAUGUACUUUCACAGCUGCAUCAGACGCUGACGACAGCAGUUCAGUGGACAGCGACGACAGCAUCGAACAAGAAAUUAGGAGGUUUUUGGCAGAAAAGGCUAAAGACUCUGCAAGCAAUCCAGAGAUACAAAAAGAUGAUGCAACUCUGGACCUAUUGAGUGUGAGCAAACAAACUGCUAAUAAAGGAAAAGCAAAGCAACAGCCAGUUGAAAAUGAGAUUGACCUCAUGCUGGGUCAAAGUAAAAAGACUGAGGUAUCUCAGCAAACUGAUGAGUUGAAGAACUCUCAGAGAACAGAAGGGAAAAGUGCAAUGUUACGUGGCGGUGGGAAAUCUCCUUCCUCUGCAGAGAACGUUAAUCUUCUUACUACUGGUCAGUCAAAAGCUAAGCAAGGAGUAGGGGUUAAAGGUGUUGCUGGUGGUGAGUUAUCUGGGAACACAGCAGGUAAAAAGGAUGUCCCUAAUGCAGAGCCCAUGCAGAAAACACUUUCACCUAAAACCAGCAAAACUGAAGGUUGUAAAGUACAAAAAGUAAUUAAUGCAAAGUCUAGAUCUAAAAGAAAGAAUACCUUUCACCUAAAAAUUUCAAGUAAAUUUAUUGCAGGUCUAAAAUAUGCUCGGGACAGGAAGAAAUCCAUGCUUUUGAACAAAAGGCAGAAAGCAGAACAUUUACUCACCCAGAGCAGGGCGUUAGGAAUAGAAGUAGAUUCCCAGGAUCCAGAUGUACUUAACCAGGGAAGAGGAGCCUCCUCGCCAAAAGGCGAGUUGAGUGGGGAGAGUAUGACAGCAAUAAAAGAAUCCAGCUCUUCUCAGAAGCUCACUGUGGAAGUAUCAAGUCCCCACGUAGCAGAAACCUGUGAAAAGCUGGAGGCUGCUCCUUUGUAUAUCAAAGAGGAAGCAGAGGGUUGCAAAAAAGCGAACGCUUCAGAAGACCAGUCAGAUUCGCGUUCCAGUCUCCCCUUGCAGGAACGGAGUGUGGCUGCAGUAAAAGUAGAUAAAGAUGGCAGAGGAGCAUCCAAAGCUGAGAACACAGAGAUGUGGAUGAAGGAAGGAGAUAUUCCUAAAGACAGCUGGGCUGAUUCAAAUUUAGAUCCUCCACGCCCUGGACACAGUAUGGCAGCGGUAAAAGCAGAUGAAGUUGGCAGAGAGACAUCUCAGCAGAGAGUAUAUGCAUGCAGUAAGGGAGAGAACAACCAGCAGGACAGGAGGGCAGAUCCAAGUUUAGGUUGCCCACUGCAGGAAUUAAAUGUGACAGCAGUAGCAGUGGAUAAAACUAGUGGAGGAGCAUGUACAAAUAACAGUAUGCAGAUGUGCAUUAAGAAGGAAAAAGUUAUCUGCCAGGACAGCGACAGGCAGGAAGAAAUUCAGGUAGCCGGCUCCAGUUUGGAAGGAAACAUACCUGUCCUGCAGAAUAGGGAAACUGCUUGUGAAGUGGACCAAGGGCAGGAAGUUUUAGACAAAACCUGUGUAAAAUUUACUGAUCUACCUUCAGGGGACUGCCCAGAUUCCCCCUUGAAAAAAAAGGUUUCAAAUAUGAGAAGAAAGGGAAGUUAUGAGAAGCUCAAGGUAUUGUCUAGAGUCUAA